UCUGUUCUUCCUGGCCGUCGGCUGGAAUCUUCAGUGCCAUGCCACGUAGGCCUGUCUGCCCGGCUGUUGAUGACACAGUAGGGUGCUUCCCCCAGAGCGAGCCAAGCAACAGAGGACACACACCCGAGACGGGAGCUGUGGUCUUUUGUUUUUUCAAUCCUAGUUUUGGCCGGGAUCCACCACCGUUUGUGACUGUAUGAGAGUCGCCUCGAUACAGUGUAGCAGAGGACUACACAAAGGAGCUGACAUGGACCCAAAUCCCCGGGCAGCCCUGGAGCGCCAGCAGCUCCGCCUUCGGGAGCGGCAGAAAUUCUUUGAGGACAUUUUACAGCCAGAGACAGAGUUUGUCUUCCCCCUGUCCCACCUGCAUCUCGAGUCGCAGAGACCCCCCAUAGGAAGUAUCUCAUCCAUGGAAGUGAAUGUGGAUGCCCUGGAGCAGGUAGAACUUAUUGACCUUGGGGACCAAGAUGGAGCAGAUGUGUUCUUGCCUUGCGAAGACCCUCCACCAACCCCCCAGACAUCUGGGAUGGACGGCCGUCCAGAGGAGCUGGGCCUGCCAACGGCCACGCCAGACAGGACCGCGUCCCGCACCUCCUCCUCGUCUUCUGACGACUCCACCAACCUGCACAGCCCAAAUCCCAGUGACGGCGGAGCGGACACGCCCUUGGCACAGUCUGAUGAGGAAGAGGAUGGGGCCGAUGGGGGGGCAGAGCCUGGAGCUUGCAGCUAGCAGUGGGCGUCCAUGUAUAGACUGAGCGGGCUGGCUCUUCCACACAGGAGACGAGAGGCCCAGCCAGAGCCCUGCGGAGAAGACCAGACUCUUUACUUGCAGCAGGCACUGGGGGGAGGCAAGGAUGGUGGGAUGGUGAGCCUCUCUGGGAAUCAACCCUCCUGCUUUACUGCUAACCUUUCCUGCUGCGACCCGCCCCCCCCCCCCCCCCCCGCCAGUUUUUGGCUUUACUCCUGAGGCAGGGCUUGCAGGUGCGGAGAUGGAAGAUGAGGUAGGACAAGAUGCCGCUGCUUUUCCUAGCGCCCCUGCCUCCCCCAGACUAUCCUGCAGUCUUCUGAUAGAGUCUCCUACACCAGUGUCUCUAAGUGGACGUGAACUCCUAGCACUCCCCGUGCGGUGGUACCCCUGCUCCCCCACCCCCUGUUUGGGAACAGGGCACGGAAUAAGUAAUAAACAGAUAAUAAUAUACCAA